AUGCUCGAUCUUUCCACCAAUAAAUUGACUGGUAAAAUACCAGUUGAGAUAAGCAACCUACCAGAAUUGGAAAUUUUGCAUUUGGGAUCUAACAAUAUCUCAGGACAUAUCCCUCCUGGUAUCUUUAAUAGUUCAAUUCUGAGGGUCAUUGCACUUUAUGCAAACCAUCUCUCGGGUUCUCUUCCAUCCAGCACAGGACUUUGGCUUCCAAAUUUUGAAGUGCUUGAACUUGAUAUAAAUGAGUUCAAUGGAAAAAUACCUGCCUCCAUCUCCAAUGCCUCAAAGCUUACAAUGCUUGACUUGUCAAAUAAUUCGUUUUCUGGAUAUAUUCCCAUUGACCUCGGCAGUCUAAGAAAUCUCCAAGUGCUCAACUUACAGUCUAAUAAUUUAGCGAGCACACCUUCAUCCCCUGAAAUCAGCUUUCUCUCAUCUUUGGCCAAUUGCAAAGACUUGAGACUCUUGUAUUUUGAUAAUAAUCCAUUGAUCCAUAGCAAACUUCCAAUCUCUAUAGGAAAUCUCUCCAUUUCUCUUCAACAAUUCGGUGCUCUUGGUUGCAACAUCGUGGGUAAAAUUCCAGGAGAGAUUGGCAACCUAAGCAACUUGAUAAGCUUGGACAUAUCUAACAAUGAACUGAUUGGAUCUAUUCCCACCACGACCGGAAGAAUAAGAAACUUGCAGAGUCUUUCUCUUCAAGGAAACAAGUUAGAAGGGUCCAUCCCCUCUGAGUUAUGCCAUUUGAAGAGUUUGGGUUUCUUGUAUCUCACAGGUAACAGAUUGGCUGGACCAAUACCAGCAUGCUUGGGUGAUCUAGUUUCUCUUAGACAUCUAUUUUUGGGUUCCAAUAAAUUUUCCAGUUCAAUACCCUCAACCUUGACAAGGAUUAUAGAUAUCUUACAACUAAACUUGUCUUCCAAUUUUCUCACCGGGGCUCUCCCCAUUGAUAUUGCAAAGUGGAAGGUUGUUACUAGUAUUGAUUUUUCCGAAAAUCAAUUGUCAAGUGAAAUCCCAAGUAGCAUUGGUGAUCUUGAAGAUUUAACUUAUCUUUCAUUAUCCGGUAAUAAAUUGCAAGGGUCUAUACCAGAGUUAUUUGGUGGACUGUUAGGAUUGGAAUUCUUGGAUCUCUCAAGGAAUGAUUUCUCUGGAAUUAUUCCCAAGUCUUUGGAAAAUCUUCUGCAUCUUGAAUAUUUCAAUGUCUCCUUCAAUAGACUAUAUGGAGAGGUUCCUAACAAAGGACCCUUUACCAACUACACGAUUCAAUCGUUUAUGGGGAAUGAAGAUUUAUGUGGUGCACCUCGGCUGCAACUCCCACCAUGCAAAACUAAUUCUACCGAAGGUUCUAAGAAAGCUACCAAGCUUUUAGAAUAUAUUCUCUUGCCGAUUGGCUCAACACUCUUAAUACUAGCCUUAGUUUUCUUUUUUUCAAGGAGCCGAAAGAGGAAUGCAAAGCUUCCAACUAAUCUAGAAAAUUCAGAUGCUUUAGCAAAAUGGAGAAGAAUUUCAUACCAAGAGCUUCAUCAGGCCACAAAUGGAUUUUGCGAAAGCAGAUUACUUGGUGUGGGGAGUUUUGGAUCGGUAUACCAAGGUACUCUUUCAGAUGGACUCACCAUUGCCAUAGAAGUUUUUAAUUUGGAGUUAGAAGGAUCAUUUAAGAGCUUUGAUGUGGAGUCCGAGGUCUUGCGCAACAUUCGCCACCGGAACUUAGUCAAAAUCAUCAGUAGUUGCUGUAACGUUGAUUUUAAAGCCUCGGCACUUGAGUUCAUGCCUAAUGGAAGCCUCGACAAGUGGUUGUAUUCUCAUAACUAUUUUCUUGAUAUCUUGCAUAGGUUGAACAUAAUGAUUGACGUUGCAUUUGCACUAGAAUACCUCCACCAUGGUCAGACAAUUCCUAUAGCCCAUUGCGAUUUAAAACCCAGCAAUGUUCUGUUAGAUGAAGAUAUGGUUGCACAUUUAGGUGAUUUUGGCAUUGAAAAGCUGUUAGGAGAAGAGGAUUCAACAGUGCAAACCAUAACACUAGCAACAAUUGGAUAUAUGGCACCAGAGCCUGAUCAUCUGGCGACAAAGGAUUGUGCAUUGUCUGUUUUGAAAUUAGCCUUAGAAUGUUCCAAAGGUAUACCAGAGGAGAGGAUUGACAUGAAACAAGUUGUUGCUCAGCUAAAAAAGAUGAAAAUCAAGUAUUUGAAGGAUUCAAACAGGUGAGCCUAAUGGCAAUACCCAUCAUGUAGCUGAAAGUUCCUUCCAUUU